AGGGUUCUUCAAUUUUUUCUACGCCGAGUUCUUUUCCUUGGUUUUAUAGUCCAAAACAUUUUCCACUCCGUAUAUCAAUUUAAUGGCUGUAUCGUUCUUCGAUUCAUUUUUGUUGUCAUCUUUGUUGCUCUGUUUGGAUUCUUGUUCGGUUUUUCGUUUUGUCGAUCGUUGUUUAAUUUCAAAGCUAUCUCAUUCUCAGAUUUUUAGUAGACCUUGUAGUUUCUGACAUAUUACAACCGACGGCGAAGAAGUAAUCACCAAUAUGGGUAAACGUAAAACUCAGCGUAAGAAUACGAUGAUGUUAGAUAGUGAUGAUGAUAGUAGUAGUAUAAGUUCAUCGUCGACCAUGCAAUCGGAUCAAUUCUCGGUUUCUGGAACUGAAGAACUCGAAUUUAAAAAGAAUAGUUUACUUGAUGAAGCUGUGGAUGCCUUGUACGAAAAGAGGGGUUCUACACGAGAGAAGGCCUUGGCCUCGAUUAUUGAGGCUUUCAACAGCGACUUGCAGCAUCAGUUUGUGGAGAAAAAAUUUGCUACAUUACUGCACCAGUGUCUGAAUUCUAUCAAAAAGGGGUCCAGCAAAGAGAUAUCUUUAGCUUCCCAUGUUAUUGGUUUGCUGGCUUUAACUGUUGGUCCGGGUGAUAAUGCACGGGAAAUAUUGGAGGAGUCGAUCACUCCUAUUUCACAGGCUUCUAAAUCUGGUUCUGAAUCUUCUAAGAUAGCUUCGUUACUGGAGUGCUUGGCUGUCAUCACUUUUGUUGGGGGGGUUGGUCCAGAGGAAACCGAAAAAUCAAUGCAAAUUAUGUGGCAAUCAGUUCAUCCUAAACUAGGCUCUAAUGUUGUUACUGUCAAACCCUCUGCUGUUGCAAUAACAGCAACUGUAUCUGCCUGGUCGUUUCUAUUGACGACUAUGGAUGGAUGGAGACUCAGUCCCAAACUUUGGCAAGAAUCCAUAGCAUAUUUGUCCACUUUGCUAGAUAAGGAUGACCGAUCUGUGCGCAUUGCUGCUGGAGAAGCACUGGCUGUAAUUUUUGAGAUGGGAAGCUUAGAGAAGUUUUCUGCUGAAGUUAAAGGUUCAAAUAAUGGCUCAAUAACUGAAGGAAAUAAAUCUAAAGAAGGAUUCUUACACAUACAAGGAUUGAGGGGAAAUAUUCUUAAUCAAGUCAGAGACCUCUCUGUGGAAGCUGGUGGUAAAGGUUCUGCCAAGAAAGAUCUUAACAACCAGAGGAAUUUUUUUAAGGAUGUUUUGGAGUUCCUUGAGGAUGGUUAUUGUCCCGAGACAUCAAUGAAGAUUGGUAGGGAUUCAUUGCAGACAUCAACAUGGUCUCAGUUGAUUCAGCUGAACUUUCUGAGGCACUUUCUUGGUGGUGGUUUCACUAAACACAUGCAGGAAAACGAGUUCCUUCAAGAUGUUUUUGGAUUUACUCCAAAAAGGAGGAAUCUUCUAGGCAGUGAACAUAUAUCCAAUGGUCAAAAGAGAAUGUUGAAAUCACCAAAUUCAGUCAUCAACAAAGCAAGAACCCAAAUCUUGAACAAGCAGCGGAUGCAAUCCAAGGAUAGAAACUUAGGGCACUUUGCUGUAAAUGUUGGUGAAGAAGAUGCAUGACAGAAAUUGAAGACACUAUCGAUGACACUGAUUUAUUGAAAUUCAAAACUGAUAAUGUAGGAACUAUUUUGGUUAAAUUUUUUAUUUUAUACUAUAUAUGGUAACAUUUUUUUUAUUUUAUACUAUAUAUGGUAACAUUG